AUGAAAUCCCUUACAGCCUUGUCGUGUGUGGCCCUGGCCAAUGCCUUUAUCCUGCCUGACCCUCGCAUCUUCGAGCAAGCGGCGAUCAGGAACAACGAUCGCCCCGACCAGGCUUCCUGGUGGGACCGCGUCCCCUCCAAGGAUUCCAUCGUGAACACCGUCGAGGACGGCAUCGACUCCCUGUCCGCCCACAUCGAGAGCGCCCUGCACUCCCUCGAGGACACGGUCGAGAACAAGUUCGACCACCUCUUGGAGGAGGAGGUCUUCAACGAGCCCCGCCCCUCCAGCAAGACCAUCUACGAGCUCAUCUCCGAGAGCGAGCACACCACCGAGUUCGCCAAGCUGGUCGAAGGCUACGAGGACAUCGUCAAGGUUCUCAAGAGCACCGAGGCGAACCACACCCUCUUCGUGCCCACCAACAGCGCCUUUGAGCACAUCCCCAAACACAAGAAGCCCGGCAAGGAGGUCAUCGAGGCCAUCCUGAAGUACCAUGUCGGCGUCGGCGAAUACGACGCCAAGCGGGUGCUGCACACCCACACCCUGCCCACCCUGCUGAACGAGCCCUUCCUCGGCGACAAGCCCCAGCGCCUUCGCACGAGCGUCGGUCUCGGAGGCGUCCGUAUCAACUUCUACGCCAAGGUUGUUGCCGUCAACAUUCGCGCCAAGAACGGCGUCAUCCACGCCGUCAACAGCUUGAUCAUCCCGCCCCCGAUGGUCGGCCGCGAGCUCACCCUCCUCCCCAGCCAGUUCUCCACGCUGCUGCUCGCUUACGAGAAGACCGACUUCGUCAAGUUCAUCCACGGCGUCAAGUCCACCGGCACCACCGUCUUCGCCCCCUCCAACAACGCCUUCGCCCGCCUCGGCCCCAAGGCCAACGCCUUCCUCUUCAACACCGACAUCGGUCUCAAGUACCUCAAGGCCCUGCUCAAGUACCAGAUCGUCGCCAACGCCACCCUCUACAGCGACGCCUUCUACCGCCCGGACGACAAGCGGGACGUCGUCAAGGUCAUGGAGCACUACCACAUCGACCUGCCCACCCUGCUCGACGGCAAGAACAUCGCCGUUGACGUCGCCACCUGGGGCGGCUGGACCAAGGUCAAGCUGAACGGCUACAUCCCCAUCGUCGUCGCCGACGGCAUUGCAAGGAACGGCGUCAUCCACGUCCCCGGCCGCGUCCCUAUCCCUCCCCACAAGCACAAGACCGACGAUGUUGACGGCGAGAUCUCCGUCGAGGACCUGAAGGAGCGGCUGUCCGAGUAUGUUGAUGACAUGAAGAAGGAUGCUGACUGGCUCGAUGGCGAGUUGUAA